GUCACGGACCCGCCGGCAUGCCUUCGGCUUUCCAGCUUCAGUGCCACUUUGUCCUCAUCUUCCUGGCAGCCCUGAAGGGGGAAGCCAGGUACCUAGAGGUGAGGGAUGCUGGUGAAGAUGAGCCCUUCCUCCUCCUCAGCGAAGAUCUGAAGCGAGAGCUGUCUGCAGGGCAGAUCUACCGUCGGUCGCUCAGAUGCAUUGACAUGCUGAGCACAGAGGGGCAGUUCACCUUCACCGCCGAGCAGCCCCAGCUGCACUGUGCUACCUUCUUCAUCGGGGACCCCGAGGAGCUCAUCACCAUAGACUACGACUCCGUCAACAUUGACUGCCAGGGAGGUGAUUUCCUGAAGGUAUUUGAUGGCUGGAUACUAAAAGGAGAGAAAUUUCCUAGUUCCUUGGACCAUCCCCUCUCCACUUCCCAAAGAUACGUAGAUUUCUGUGAAACUGGCAGUAUUCAGAGGAGCAUCAGGUCAUCACAGAAUGUGGCAAUGAUCUUCUUCAGGAUUCACCAGCCAGGCAAUGGAUUUACUGUCACUGUCAAGAAAAAUGCCAACCUUUUCCCUUGCAAUGUCAUCUCUCAGACUCCUUCUGGAAAAUUUACCAUGGUCAUUCCUCAUCAGCACAGGAACUGCAGCUUUUCUAUAAUUUACCCAGUGGUGAUAAAAAUAUCUGAUCUUAUCCUGGGACAUUUAAAUGGCCUCUUUCUAAAGAAACCAUCAGCAGGCUGCACAGGAAUGGGGGACUUCGUAGAGCUGUUAGGAGGAACUGGCUUAGACCCUUCCAAGAUGUUUCCACUAGCUGAUCUCUGUCACUCCUUUCAUGGCUCGGCCCAAAUGAAGAUUGGCUGUGACAAUACAGUGCUACGAAUGGUCUCCAGCGGAAAGCACGUCAAUCGCGUGACAUUUGAGUAUUAUCAACUUGAUCUGCAGGAACUAGAAAACAGAAAGGAGAACAGCAUUGAGGAAUUCUGCUUUCCUAGUAUCUGAUAAGCCAAACAACACAUUUUCACCCAACUAAUGAAAAUAAAAUUCUGGUGGAU